AUGAUGAUGGAUGGUCCCAUGAUCAAUGAAUUUGUCAAAAACACCGAAGCUUUUAACAAAUGUGUGGACGAAAGAUUCAAGAAGCUUGAUGUUGAUGAAGAUGGGGUUAUCUCUCGUAACGAUCUUCUAAAUGAAGGACUUGGGAGGUGGAUUCGAGCAUUGGAUGAUGAUGCUCAUACUGAUGAGGAAGUUAAGAAAUCUUAUUACUCAAUCUUUGAAAAAUUCCAUGUUGAUGAAAUAAAUUCAGUUAAUCUCGAGAAAUUUAGGUUGAUAAUGAAGGAAAUUAAUUUAGCCCUAGUUCGAGGGAUUGGUGACACUCCUGUGGGAAUGCUCCUAAAUGAUGAUAGCCUACUUUUGAAUGUUUGUGUUCAUAAGAAUUAG